AUGGCCAGCUUUGGAUACCUGAGGUCUGGUUCGCUGGGCUCCGAAGCUGGGCAGGCGGUCGCUGCCGCAGCAUCGCAGGUGAGAACCUCCUCAACCCUGACGGCAGCCGCAGCCCACAUGCGAUCGUGCCAGGCCAGCGGUGGCAGUGAAGAUGGGAGUACAUUGAGUACAAGGCCCUCGAGCGGCAACUCGCAGCAGGCACAGGCCCCGGAGCCUCCACAGCUCGCUACGCAACCGGUCGCACUGCCACUGCCUCGGUCCCCGAUGCGACGCAUGGACUGGCCCGAAGCCAACCCCACGGCCACCACAUCGGAACUUCGCUCCACGGCCUCGUUUGGAAGCUUCGACGGCACGCCCAAGCGCUGGGAGUUGGCGAUGCCCCCCAGCACAACGCCUCCCCCGAGGUCACCACCCCGGGCACAGGUGGCAGCAGUUCGUGUCCUUCGCAGAGCUCCAGAAGUUUCAGAGAGGGUGCAGAUGUCGCCGCCACCAUUGCCAACGCUCCCGCCCACUGCAGUGAGGAUACCUGGCCGAAAGGGCAGCACGACGCAGGAGCCACCAGAAUCAGAGCGGAGCAGAGCCAGCUCCUGGGAGGCGUCAAGGACGCCGCCGGUUUCACAAACCCCUCGCAGCGAGGGAGACAAAGAGCCUCCGCCCGGCGUCCUCAGGCACGUUGUGCGGACGGUCGCCGUAGCCAAAGCCUCGAGAAGCUCACCAAGUGAUGCAGAGGCUGGUGGGCGGCAAGCUGCCUCAGCAGCGAGGUGA